AGUUCACCCGUCGGUUUCAACCUGCCAAGUCGUGCAGGUGUCGAGGAACGUUCGUUGUCGCCCGUCCACCGUCGGAUACCGCGGAUAUUCCCCUCCCUCGGGAAUCAAAGAGACGAGUUAUCGGCGUGAUAUCGGGCGAUCGCGGGACCCGCGAGAACGAACGCGGUCGUUUCGCGGUUUCGUCGUCGCGUAAAAGGGUGCCACGGUUUUUACCACGGCGGGAAAACGGUCGAGUGUUAAAGAGCCGUGCUGCCUUGGGAGGGCUGCGAUUUAUGGAACCACCCCAUGGAUAAUAACAUGUCGACUGCCGCCUUCAUGCACCGGUCCGGUGGUUCGUCCAGCACGCCCAGUGCUGGCAUGGUUCCAUCGACCGGUGGAGGUCCUGGAAACCCGACAGGAGGCGGCAGGAUGGCCGUCAUCGGUGUAACCAGGAACGUGAGGCUGAGACGACGCGGAGCGUCGGGGUUCGGCUUUUCUCUGCGCGGCGGUCGGGAAUACGCGGCUGGAUUUUACGUCAGCGACGUUCAGCCUGGAGGGGAGGCACACAGAAACGGACUAAGGGUCGGCGAUCAGAUCAUAAGGGUGAACGGGUAUCCUGUGGAGGACGCCGUCCAUCAGGAAGUCGCGCUUCUGGCAAAAAACCAGCAAGUGCUCGUCCUCAAGAUCCGAAGCGUGGGAAUGAUACCAGUGAAAGAAUUACCUUAUGAUUCGCAAAGCAAUCCGAACGACCCGGUCACCUGGCACAUGGUCCAACAGCAGCAACAGCAAUUGCAGUACAACGAGACUGGCGUGGGAGUUGUGCCGAGCACCGAGGUCAGGAUUCGGAUCCUCGUUGGGGAGAAGGGUCGACUGGGAUGCGGCGUUUGCAGGGGCAUCGUGCCUGGCCUGACUGUUCAGGGCACCAGAGACGACGGGCCAGCGAGAGCAGCGGGCUUGAAAGCUGGCGACGUGAUCGUCUGGUGCAACGGGCAGCGACUCACCGAUCUUCCGUUCGAAAGAGCUAUCGAGGUAAUGAGAAGCUCCGCCGUUCUCGAUUUAAUAGUGCAACGAUCCGCGCCCAAUCACCUUUACGACUGCCCCGAACCUCUCUGGACCCGGGGAUCGAGCGGCUACGACUCCGAAACGUCGAGCGUGGCUGCAGCCAGUCCUCAACCUCAGCAGAAUCCUUCUUAUUCGCCGCAGCAUCACCACGACGCCAGGAUGAACCAUCGAUAUCCCCGCGACGACGCCUGCAACCGAAACGGAAGGAUCUGCUGUCCAUUGGCCUUGUCCACCAGCAGCUGCAGCUCCACGGAAUGGGCUCACGUGGAUCAGGCUCAAGAAUGGACCCGCAAGCCAAAUAACACCACUGUAAUCCGUAUAAAUCAGAACCAGAACCAAAAUCACAGGCUCAUCGGCGGCCCGGGACACCCGAAUUCGCGCGGCAGCUACGAGGACGACAUCGACAACGAGCCUCUCUACGAUCCGGUGGCGCCCAGGAUCGACUACGAGGUGCACGAUUUCGACGCGAAUCCGCGCGACGAGGCGAAUCGUCGAUUGGCUUAUCGACGUGACAACUGCAGACAGCAGGACUACAUGUACGACGGACCAGCGGACGAUGUUCUCCCCUAUCACGGAUCCAAAGAAAACGGUUCGCAGGACGGCAAUCGGCUCUCCGACUUGCAGAUGAUGCAAAAACCGAUCGAGGGAGACAGGAAAACGGUGACCACCGUGGAGGUGCAUCAGACUGUGUGCCCACCGGCACCUCCGCCACCUCUUUCUUACAAAUGGCCGGCAGAGACCAAGCCAAUGAACGCCAUGGGUAUGCAAAUGGGUAGCACGAUGUCGAUGGGCAGCACAGGCUCGACGGAGACGGAGUCGAGCCUGGAGUCGUCCUGCAGCAAGGACUCGGCGUCCACCUCUUCGUCCUUGUCGACGUCCUCCUGCGAACCACCGUCGACGGUUUCCUACGGCUCGGUGACGGCAGCCUCGACCGGGACCAAUAAAACCAACGACACGGCGACCACCGUACACGCGACACCCCGCAAUUGCGCCGCAAGGACGUCGCCGAUCGCCUGCACCGACCUAAGCACCGCCAUAACGCAAGAAUUGCAGAGGCGAGCGCAGCAGAGGAGCAUGAACAACGCAGCCAAAAUGGAAGGUGCUAAGGAGAGGACGCAGGAGACGCGAAAGCCACAAAAUCCGGAAGCUCUGAGGGCGCAGGAGCACAAAGUCACACACGACAAGCUGAUGGAGGAGUUCAAGCGUGCUCACCGAAAGAUGUUCAAUUCCGCGCAGCAGAAAGUUCAUUUCUCCGAUCAGCCGUCCGAGCAGGAACAAGAGAAGAGGGUUUUGAACGCAUCGACGACCUCGAACAACAUUCCACCGGCGCCCCCAGCACCACCAGUGGUACAACCAACACCUCCCGCGCCUCCUGCGCCACCAGCACCGCCGCCACUUCCUCUUCUAGCGAAGACCAAGAGCAACGAGGACUCCGUGGAGAUGCAGAGCAUCGAGUCCUUCAAGCUGAAAGAAACGCCAAAUCCAGUGAUUCCAAAGCCACCGCCCACCUACUUCCCCAUACAAAACUCGACGACCACCGUGAACGGAAGUCCCCGACACACUGGGACCGGAAACAAACCACAGGUGAACGGUAAAGAGCCCUCGACGAGUCCCGUGUCGGAGACGCCCAAGUCGAUCGUGCCGCCUCCGCCUCCUCUCGCUGUGAACGCACAAAACUUGAAGCCAGCGGGGGGGAAGGUCGCCAUCAGGAUAGGGGCGUACGAGGGUGAAGCCAAGCAGCCAUCCAAGCUGGAAUUCCUGUCCCAGCAGGCUCGCGUUGACAGGAACGGGACCAGCGAACUGGCGAACGGCCCGGUGGUGUCCAGGCUGCAAAACGAACUGGCUGCCACGCUGCAGAGAUCGAACCUAAGAAGAAAGACUGACGGGGAAGCACAACCAGGCAUUAAGCCGAUCCCCGAGAACGCAGCAACGACCAACAACGAGACAACGAAUUCGGAGUUGCCGCAACCUGGCAAGUUGCCGCAGAGCAACAUCGAGAAGCUCGCGUCCGCUCUGAGCAACAAAGUCACCAUCAAAGUGAACCCGGAUCAUAAUAAUCGAUAAAGUACCUAGCUUUCGUUUAAGUCGGACGAAUCGAUUAGGAAAGUCCACCUUGUACCUCUGCCACAAUGUACAUUUUUGCACGCUCUUUUGAAACCCUACAUCGAUUAUAUUCUAGACGAAAGAGCGCUCCCCCUAUUGGCGAGCUUCUUUUUUACGUCUUUUACCCGUACGUCUUUUUUUACAUGUUAUUUAUUAUCGUAUUAUAGUGAUUAAGGAGAACCUUAAAAAAACCGGCUAAUAAUCCUUAUUAACCGAGACAAGGCACUGCGGAAACUUUUACCACGUAGGACCGGGUCUUUAAACUUAGUCCCCUCUGUCGCUGACUUUCUGUAC